GUUACUUGGUUUUCCUUCACAAUCAAAGCAAAAGAGUAGAAGGCUUUGUUUCUGAGAAGCGAAGGGCACAGCAGAAGGAGUAGUUGAGUUGAAGAGAGAGAUGUCAGGGAAAGGCGCAAAAGGGUUGAUAACUGGUAAAACCCCAUCAUCUUCUAAGGACAAAGAUAAGAAGAAACCCAUUUCUCGCUCCUCAAGAGCUGGUCUUCAGUUUCCAGUUGGGCGUAUUCAUCGUCUUCUGAAGUCAAGGGUGACAGCCAAUGGAAGAGUUGGGGCAACAGCUGCGGUAUAUUCUGCUGCUAUCCUGGAGUAUUUAACUGCAGAGGUGUUGGAGUUGGCUGGCAAUGCAAGCAAGGAUUUGAAGGUGAAGCGAAUUACCCCGCGACAUCUACAGCUUGCUAUCCGUGGAGAUGAAGAACUUGAUACCCUCAUAAAAGGAACGAUAGCCGGUGGUGGUGUUAUUCCUCAUAUCCACAAGUCUCUUAUCAACAAGUCUUCAAAGGAGUGAGAGCUCACAAGUUAUUUCAAUCAACGUGGGAAAAGACAAAUUUUACUGUAAAUUUUAUAACUUUGAAUUGUGGAUAAUUUGCUCCUUGCAUUAGUUUGAUUGAACUGUCCUUCCCCAGGAAUCUGAAAAUUUCUGAUUUCUAUAUUUGAAUUGUUUUAACUGACAUGUUGACUUCUGUGCUAUGGUACUGUAUGCUAGAUGGUUCUUGUCCCAUUAAAGCUAUUAUUUGUGGUUUUUUUAUUUUAU